AUGGAGACUUAUCGCUACUCCAAGCUAAACAAAGAUGAAAUCCGGCUGGUCGAUCUCCAUCCCGGGUCGGUCUCUGACAGGAUCAAGAUAAGCAUCUCACAUAUACCUCUCCCUCCCUCUACUCACAAUACAACACGGCCUGUCAGCUUGAACGAACUUGAAAAGACCCUUCCCCCUAAAUGGUCCAUCUUCGAGACGACAGACAGGCAGAUCCUCUUCUACUUCGAAGACGCCAACGACAACUGGAAGUCUUCCUGGGAACAUCCAGACCCAACCGUGGACCUCUGUCCGUACCAAAUUCCAAUCAGAGAGCCAAAGCUGUUCCAUUACGAGGCUCUAUCGUAUACCUGGGGCGAAGGCCACGGCAGUGAAACAGCGUACCUGGUGUCGCCGAGCUCACCCCACGACACGCAGCUGCGAAUAGGCUCGAAUCUGGCACUCGCCCUGCGACAUCUCCGCUUCGAGGACCGGCCCCGAGCGCUCUGGGUGGAUGCGAUCUGCAUCAACCAGGAGGAUCUCUCCGAGAGAGAACAGCAGGUGCAGCGCAUGUCCACUAUAUUUCGGGAGGCGGACCGCGUGGUUGUCUGGUUGGGCCCCGAGUCCACCGAUAGCCAUCUAGCUAUGCAGCGCCUCGAUUUCAUCGGGAGACAGGUCGUGAAUACCAUGGACAACUGGAACAUCUCGUCUCCCGAAACGGUCGCACCCGACUGGUGCUACUUCCGCUACGCGAUACCAUACAGCACGGCGGAGUGGACGGCCAUCAACGCGUUCAUCCACCGAGACUGGUUCAGCCGUGUGUGGGUAGUGCAGGAGAUCCAGCUGGCCACUGACGCAGUCCUGCAGUGUGGGUUUGCCCAGAUGUCGUGGUCACAUUUCCGCCGCGCAGUCAUUCUCCUCUGGGGAAAACAAGACCCGUGUCCAUGCCUGUCCCGCCACAGGCUGUCGUUCAUCGAGCGGCUGGCCAACGUUGUCCAGGCUGAUACCCCGAUCUACCACCGGUUCCAUCUCACAGCCGGAAGAGGCUGCGCAGACCCCCGGGACCGGAUAUAUGGCGCCCUUGGUCUGUUCCCGGAUGACUUUCAGCUCAAGGUCAGCCCGCAGUAUUCCUUGCCCGUAGGAGAUGUUUAUCUCGCCUUUGUUCGCGCCCAUGUCGAGCAUGUCCAACGCCUAGAGCUUCUCAAGAACUGUCAGCUGCACGGCCGAACAACCGACGCCCCAUCUUGGGUUCCUGAUUUCUCGAGCAAGUUCCCCACCCUUAAGGGCGCAGAGUGGCAAUUCGUGUCGGGAUACGCAGCAUGUGAUGUGAGGUUUGAAGGAAGCACCCUGAGCGUCCUCGGGGUCCAUUCGGCCACUGUUCGCACGGUCACUCCUCCAAUCCCAAAUUACCGAUCAGAGAGCGACCCAAGCACCUUCCUCGAUUCCGUCAUGGCAAUCCAAGAACUCAUCCGCGCUAACUUCGUAAGUACCAUGGGAGACUGCGUUGUACCCGAUAAUGCUGCACGAGCGAUGACGGGAAACUACCUCGCCGACCGGUUCCCGGAGAACAACGUCCUCACGUUGGAGCAGUGGAAGGAACACCUGCGCAGCCCCACUGUCUUUGGAGAUAGUAUAACCAGCGAAAACGAAGGGGAUCUCCCUUUUCAAGAGGAGUUCGCCCUCGGCUUUCUCCUUGGCAGAGUCUACCUAAGCGCUGAUGAGGGCUAUGUAGCACUUGGGCCUCCUGGCACGGAACCAGGGGAUCAGAUAGUCAGUCUGCUUGGGUGCGACUCGCCUAUGGUGCUACGCAGAGUGCCGCACGGCGGCUUUUUAGUCGUGGGAGAAUGCCUUAUGCCCGAGCUGAGCGACUCGCGGGACUUUCUCGGGCCUUUACCUUCGCCCUGGCGAGUCCAGUAUUUCAUCGGCCCAUCAGACAGGUACGGAGUCUAUCGUUAUAGCAACGCCGAGACUGGGGAUUUGUACGACCAGGAUCCCAGAACGGUGGGUGCAUCAGACUGGCAGUUAGAGACGGUCAACAGGACCGGGGACGAUCCGGUCACGUUUAGGACCUUUCGCAACACGGUGAGUGGAGAUACAGUAAAGUCUGAUCCUUGCUUGACCCCGGAGGCGCUGCGAAAGCGUGGAGUAUUGCUCGAGUGGUUUGUAUUGGUUUGA